CGGCGGCUGACGCUGAGCUCCCGCCACGCCUCCUCGCUGGCCGCCCUGCCUCUCUCCCGGUGCUCCGCUGCUCAGAGUCGCCAACCUGCAGCUGCCCGACAGCGACAUGACAGAUCAGGCCUUUGUGACGCUGACCACAAACGAUGCCUAUGCCAAAGGCGCCCUGGUCCUGGGCUCAUCCCUGAAGCAGCACAGGACCACCAGGAGGCUGGCAGUGCUCACCACCCCGCAGGUCUCGGACUCCAUGAGAAAAGUUUUGGAGACAGUCUUUGAUGAGGUCAUCAUGGUAGAUGUCCUGGACAGCGGGGAUUCUGCUCAUCUCACCUUAAUGAAGAGGCCAGAAUUGGGUGUCACAUUAACGAAACUGCACUGCUGGUCACUUACCCAGUAUUCCAAAUGUGUGUUCAUGGAUGCAGAUACUCUGGUCCUAGCAAAUAUUGAUGACCUUUUUGAGCGAGAAGAAUUUUCAGCAGCACCAGACCCAGGGUGGCCUGACUGCUUCAAUUCCGGUGUCUUCGUUUAUCAACCCUCAGCUGAGACAUACAAUCAGCUCUUGCAGUUUGCUUCCGAGAAAGGUAGUUUUGAUGGUGGGGACCAGGGUUUACUGAACACAUUUUUUAGCAACUGGGCCACAACAGAUAUCAGAAAACACCUGCCAUUUAUUUAUAACCUAAGCAGCAUUUCCAUAUACUCCUACCUCCCAGCAUUCAAAGUGUUCGGUGCAAAUGCCAAAGUCGUGCAUUUCCUGGGACAAACCAAACCGUGGAAUUACACUUACGAUCCCAAAACAAAAAGCAUGAAAAUUGAUGCCCAUGACCCUGCCAUGAUUCAUCCAGAGUUUCUCAACACAUGGUGGGACAUCUUCACCACCAGCGUUUUACCUCUGCUUCAACAAAGUGGCCUUGUCAAAGAAACCGCCUCAUACCUAAAGGUGGAAGAGGUCUCAGGAGACGUGUCACAUCUGUCCCUAGGGGAGACCCCAGCUGCGGCACAGCCUUUUGUAUCCUCAGAAGAACGGAAGGAGCGGUGGGAACAGGGCCAGGCCGAUUACAUGGGAGCAGAUUCCUUUGACAACAUCCAGAAGAAACUUGACACUUACCUCCAGUAGAGACACUGCUGUCUUCCUGUGAACACACCCGCUUCACAGGCUCUUGUUUCUGACAAUUAGUAUCUGGAACUGGGCUGAGGAAGGUCUGUUACAGUUGCUAGAGGCUUUCACCAAGACUCCAUCAGAUGAGGGGGUUUUGCAGGACAGCAGGUGAGAACUGGGCAAAAGUUGUGAAGUAGCUAUUCUGUUAUGUGGACAGUGUUCCGCUUUUCAAACCUAAACAUAUGCAGCUACCGUUGCAGAAGUGCUCGAUGCCGAUUGCCAAUAUACGUGGUAAGGGAAACUCAACAUUAAGCGAUUAAGUUGGCCAUAUCAAUCUUUAAAAUGUGCAGAGCCAGGCUCCCAGUCUGUCUCCCUUCAGAAUGGGGACAUAGCAUCUGUCCCUUGCUUGCUCGUUGUACCCUUCACUAGAGCUGCAUUUUAGAAUUGCCUGGAGGCUGCCAGAGAUUGUAAUUCCUUCAGGUAAAGGCAGCCUGUAACACUGCUGAGUGAUUCAUAAACACAGCACCAGAUGGAGUUAACCCAUUUUAUUGCCUAGUCUUAGUGUAUGAAGACGUUCACCAGUUUUCCAUGUACAGCAGGCAGCAUGCUAAAAUGCUUUUGUUCAGUUCUGCAUUAUAGCAGUGUGUUCUCUGAAUGGUUACCUGCAUUGGAACCCUAUAUGAAAAAUAAAGACUUAUUGCCAUAUCUUGGUUGUCUAAUUAAGAAAGUCCCCCACCCCGCAAAGAAAAGGUUAUUAGGGAGUUUUUCACAACUUGAGAAUUCUGUCAUUGUUUUCGAAUUCACUGUAAGGUUUAAUCCUGGGAUAUAUGCUUUAAAAAUAUCUACCAAAAAAACCAAGCCCGUUGCCAUCAAGUUGAUCCCAACUCAUAGCGACCUUAUCGGAUAGAGGAGAACUGCCCUAUGGGUUUUCCAAGGAGAGGCUGGUGGAUUCAAACUGCCGACCUUUUGGUUAAUAGCUGAGCUCUUAACUCCUGCACCACCAGGGCUCCAAACAUACCUAAGAAAUGUGUAAAUCUAGUGUUCUCUAGUGAUGGUGACGGAUCUGACAGAUGGAGCAAAGUGAGAUCAGAUUUAUCUAGUCUGUCAUCUUCAUUGCCUCUCCAUGUUGAGUACUCAGAUAUUUAUCCUGUUGGAACCUUCCAAGUACUGUAACCUGAAAAUCAUCAUAGGCUCAUUGUUCAUCUCUGAACGUACUCGAUAGUCUUUCAAGGCACUGGUAUCAGUAUUGGACCCACUGCCUUCUCACGUUUUCUAUCCAUGACUUAAAAUGACAGAAUGGAAACAGAAAGCAUAUUUAUUAAAUUUACAGAUGAUUCUAGGUUGCGAGGGCCGGCAAGCUAGGAAGGGGUAGGAUCCAGAAUUACCUUUUAAAACUAAAUUGAGUAAUCAGAAACAAAUCAUUCUAUUAAAGAAAGCAGGAGAGUGGACAAUAUGGGUAUACAGACACAGGAAACUUUAGAGGUUUAAUUGGGCAGAAGGCCCAAUGGCUUUUAUGACCUAGCCUUGGAGGUCACGGGCCUUCAUUUCUACAGUAAUACCUUAUGGGUUACACGGGUCAGCCCUCAGUGUGGGUGUGAAUGAAUAUGCAAGAGGCAUGGAUACCUAGAGCAAGAAUCAUUGGGGCCACCUUGGAGGGUGGCUACCACAAAAGCUCAAGAUGAACAUUUGGCUAAAAUUGUAAAAUACUAAAUGGCAAAUGAUUUCUGAAGAUGAAACCACAAUUAUUUGGACCGGCAGAAGUGAGUUGCUAUAAUCUUCAAGUAUACGAAGCAUUUGCUAAACAAGCAUUUAUGAAGUGCCUCCAUGUGUCAGGUGCUGUAAUACAAAGACGUCUCAGAUUACUCCCAAGGAUACCUGCAGUGGGUGGUUAUGAGCUAAACUCUUCCAAUGAGAAUCAAAUCCAUAGAAAAAUCUAACUCAACAGAAAUUUCAUCACAGUGUAAUUUGUAAAUCAUACAAAUGAGCCUUUGACUCUGGACAUCUAUCUGUAAUUUCAAAGUUCAUUCUAGCCCUUUGUUACCUUCACAACCCCAGUGGUCAUAAAGCAAUCUGUCUGGUUUGAAGAAAAUAUGCCAUGAGUCAGGGUCAACUCCAUGGCAAUUGGUUUUAUUCCAGAAAUAACAUCUACCAAAAUAUUUAUUUAAUCAUCAUAGUUUCACAUCAUACACAAUUUGAGUUGACAUACAUUUAAGGUAGACAACACUAAAUAAAAUUCAAGUUCUUACUGAAUAUGGUGUCACACAUGUGAUACAUAUUAGGAAUACAGACUUGUAUAAAACUUAGUGUCAUAUUCUAGUAGGAGACACAAGAACAAAUUACAAAUUAUGCUAAACGAAGUACACUGACAGCAUUAACAGGGACAGUCUAAUCAUAUGGUGGCCAACAAGGACCUCCGUACGAUGCCAUUUAAGCUAGAAAGAGGCUCUGAGAGGGAGCCAGCUGAUGGGGAGGGGAAGGGAGAAUAUUCCUAGCAGAAGGAUCUGUGCGAGCAAAGGCCCUAGAGCAGGCAAGAACUUGGUAGAUGUAAAGGAUUCCAAGACAUAGGAUGAAGUGGUUUCGUAGGCCAUGGCAUAGACUUUGGAUUUUAUUCUAAAUUCUGUGGCAGUCGAUUGAAGAGUUUUAUUUAUCUACUUUUUAUUAAUGGGCAAUUAUAAACAUAACCCAAAAGCAAGCGGAAUAGUAUAAAGAACCCAGCUUCAACAGCUAUGUCUCAUCUAUACUCUCACCUGCCAGAUUAUUUUGAAGCAAUUUCAUCUGUAAAUAUUUCUAUAUAUAGAUCUUUAAAAAGUAAGAAAGGCCAAAAUAUUCAUUCCAAACUUCCUCUAGUAUCGUUUUUCUUCCCCCGAUUUGUUAGUUUGAAUCAGAAUCCGAGUAAGGUGCAGGCAGUGCCGUUGGCUGAUACAUCUGUGAUACACUCUAGUUUUCUUACUCCUGUCCCUCUUGUUGUUGUUAUUGCAGUUUGUUUAUUGGA